AAUCGAUGCCAGUUUCGAGCCACGACAUUGAGCGAACAGCUCGGGACCCCUUGCUUUGUAAAGUGAUGGAUUUUGUUAGUGCGGGGUGGCCGUCAUGUGUGGCUGAAAAAGAUUUGAAGCCUUUUUUUGACAGACGCUAUGAGCUCACAGUUCACCAAGGCUGCAUCAUGUUCGGGAUGCGAGUGAUCGUGCCGGCAAAAUUGCGCAACUUGCUGCUGGACGAACUCCACGAAGGGCACCCAGGCAUCGUGAGCAGCAAGCAACUGGCGCGGAGCUACGUGUGGUGGCCGUCCAUCGAGGCGGACCUCGAGCAUCGUGUUAAGGCUUGCGGGCAGUUUCACCUGGCGUCGUCACAAGUACCAGCUGCUCAGGCGGACCACAGAUCCACACCGCGAGGCAUCAGGCCAGGAGGGAUCAGAGUUCCUGGUGUUUCAGCCCAGCGUCGACCCAAUGACAUCCUCCGCUCGUACCACGAGUGGUCCUGACGUUUCGCAUGAGAUUGAGACAGCGGGAGCAAGACGCUACCCAACGAGAAACCGUCGACAACCUGAGAGAUAUCAAGCUGGAGUUUAGCUUGUUAGAGUAGCAAGUAUAAAAGGGGAGGGAUGUGGUGUCCGGCCGAGCACCGCAUUUGAUGAAGUCGAUAAUGCGCAGGCGCGCGAAGCGA